CUUCAACAAACCUCGAGUCGAGAGAGAGAAGAGAGCAGACAACAAGAGACACCAACGAACAGAGGCAAACCGGCUCACGCCUGUCUCGGUGCGGUGGCCGGCUAAUCAUGGCCACCGUGGGGCAGUCCGGGGCCCUGAGAAGGGUCACCGUGCACUACGCCAGCUCGCCCACGCGCGGCGCGGUGGUAGAGGUGAGCCUCGACGACCUCGACGACGAGCUGCUCCAGUUUGUGCUCGCCGAUCUUCUUCCCGGCCAGGAGGGUUUACACCAGUCGAUCUUGGAAGGAGCACACGGCAGCAACCAGGAGAACUAUAUGAGAGGCGCAGGAUCCAGUGCGCCGUCACAGGAAUACCAUGCACAGAGCAGCACCGCUGCUGCGGCAGCAGCUGCUUCGUCCAGGAGGAAUCCAGGCACGGAUGACGCCCAGAUCGCCUCGGACUUCGAGUACGCCACGAAGCUGCAGCAGGAGAUGGAGGGCCUCAGCGUCGACGACGACGGCGACGGUAUCAGCUGCGUGCCGUCUCCGUCUGACUCUGACGACGGGCACGACCAUCAAAACGAAGAGGACGAGGAGGAGGAGGAUGGUAAUGGUGGUGGUGAUGAUGAUGAUGAUCCAGACAACAUGACUUAUGAGCAAAGACAGGCACUUGUAGAGUCUGUGGGGUCUGAGGACAGAGGCUUAUCCGACGAGCUCAUCUCCUACCUGCAGCCAUGGAAGUACAAGGCAUCAGGGUUUUUCUCCCGGAAAACAAACCAUGACGACUGCCCUAUCUGCCUGUCAACUUUCAGGAACCGAGAGACUAUGAUAACGUUGCCGUGCAUGCAUCACUACCACGCAGCUUGCGUCACCAAAUGGCUCAGGGUCAACAAGACAUGCCCUGUAUGCAAAUAUGAACUGUUCGGACCUUGCUAGCAUCCGACAAUGGGCUGAUAAGACAAGGUGAUGGGGCGUCACACUCACACCCAGCUGGUUGCAUCAUCUACUUUUUUUUGCACCAAGAAAAAAGAAAAUGAAAAACAAUCCAAAAAGAGAAGGGAAAAAAGUUAGGAAGUGUAGAUCUUGAUCACACAAGAAAAAGAAGAAAAAAAACUGAAAUUUAUGUCUUUUUUAUCUUUCCUUUGGCUUGUGGAAAUGUACGUAAGUCACGGUCUUAUAUUUGUUUAGAAGCUUGUUUUUUU